AAGAAAGGAGAAAGGAGGAAGAUUUGGUAAUCAGAUCGGAUGGACGGGAGAGACGGAGAAGGGUCAACGGAGGAAUACGAGACGUUGAUUCAGACGACUGAUGUGGAGCUUCUGAAGAGGGCGUGGCGGCAGGAGAAGGCGGCGCCGGAGAUUUUGAAAUUCGAGACUGAUUUGAUUGCCAGGCUCACCGGUCAGAUCGAAUUGGUGGAAGAAAAUGUGGAGCAAGAUGCUCAGUCUGGUGUUGAUCCACUUAAUGUAUCACUCUACCAGAUGGAUUUGGACAGGACUCAAUUCUUGUUGAGAUCUUAUCUCCGGAUUCGGCUGCAGAAGAUUGAGAAAUACAUCUUUCACAUCUUAGCCACUGCAGAACUCUACAACCGUCUCUCUAAACAAGAGAAGGCAUUUGCAAAAACGUGUCUUGUUGAUUUGGAGAAGCAUCUUGAAGAGAGUGUUCUGUUGAAAUUGCCUAAUAACUACCAGUCUAUAUUCAAGCAAUCCAUGAUCAGUGAAGAGAAUGACAUGGUGGCAAAACCUCAGUUAGACAUGUUUGUUGUAUGCAAAACAAAUUACUAUCUUGGACAUAUCCAGCUUGAGGACAAUGAAGAUGGACCAUCAGAGGUAAAUCAGAGACCUUUGGAGGAACCUUUCGAAAUGGAGCCUGAUGUUUUAUACUUUGUGCGUUAUAAAGCUAUAAAGAGAUUCGUAGAGGAAGGGAGGAUUGAUUUAUUCUGA